UUUUCAAAGUGACAAGACGGUGCGAGGCACGCCGCGAAUUUACAGCGGCUUUACAAAGAAAACAAAUUAGAAAAAUACACAUAAAACCAACAAGAAAAAAAAAAAAACAAACAACAGCGAAACUCAGAUAAAGACUUAGAAAUGAGACAAUUUGUUUUAUUUUUAACAAAUUACCAAACGGUUUGUGUGUGAAUGGACAAGCGUAAACGUGUUUCUUAAUUAAAAUUGAAGGUGUUCUGCUUACCGCAAGCAAGCUGCUAUUCUACUUUGACGUGUAGUAAAUAUAUAUUGUUAAUUGACAAAAAAAAAAAAAAAAAACAAAGCCGCGCAACGUUGACAGCAACAACAAUAAUUAAUUCAACGGUUCUUUUUUGGUUGUGUGUUGUUGUUGGUGUUUUUACAAAGAAGGGAAGGAGGAGACAUCAAUGAAUUUUUUGCUGCUGCUGCAAUAAUUCCUUGUGUGCUCUGCUAGCAGAAAAAAGCCGUAAUUGCAAAAAUAAACAGAGGACCAGAUGCGGUGAAGGGGUACUGUUUUGCCGGUCAUUGAUUGAAAGAAUGAAACAAAUUAACAAUACUUUUUACAUAUAACACAAAGACCCCUAGGCUUUGCGUCCAUUGCGCUGCUUGUUUGUAAAUGAUUUCGGCAAAAAUUUCCAUAACACACAUUUAUAUUUCUUUUUCGACGCUAAGGCGUUUAGUUCAAAAACAGAUCUCGUUGAAAUAACAACAAGAAACAUUUAAACAAAAUUUGAAAAAAAAAAACGUAACUUGUGAAUUCAAAAAAGUACAGUACAAAACAAACACACGACAAAGCAAACAAGUCGCGGCACGACAAUAAGAGAGUGACAAUAGUUGACAGUUGAAAGGCAGUAACAGCAGAGCAACACCACAAAAAGUUGUUUACAUUUGUUUGGUGUUAAUAAGAAGAAAAAACUGAAGGAUAACUUAAAUAAACAGCAAAACUUAACACAAAACAACAACAAACAUGGUUUUAACAAAUCUCGAAUUUUGGGCUGCAGAUGGUUCCUCAUCAUUACCCGCCACAGCCUUGGAGUUUGAUACCAGUGCCCAUAUGCACCAACGUCACAAUAAUCCUUUUGAUCCACGUGUUGUUCCUCAUGUGCCCACCAGAAAUAUGACACAUCUUUCCUCGAAUGGUUACUAUGGCUUUUCCUAUAUUAAUGCCGCACAUGAUGUGGAAUUGAACAACAACAAUAAUAAUAACAUAGAUAUAACCAACAACAACAAUACAUCAGCACACGAUUUUAUGGUAAAUGAUGUCAAUAACAUUGGAACGACGUUGGCAGCGACGAUGACGCCACAUCAGCAACAGCAGCAACAACAGAAUUUGUUUGCCAAUUUUAUUGGCAACAACAAUAAUACUGUAAAUAAAUUGCCUGUCAAUCACCACCACAACACCACCUCACGUUGUAAAAAACGUUUCUUUGUAUUCAAUGGAAAUGAUGCUGACGAUGAUGACAUCGGAGGUUUUGGUGGUGGCGGCGGCGGUGUCGCUGGCAGCGGUUCUUACUGUACAAAUGCCCCCGCCAAACGUUGCCGCUUUGAUGAUGACUACGCUGCUCAAUAUUGUAAUGAUUUCUUUUCCUCAUUGCCUGCCACAACGCCACAAAUUGGCACACAAUCAUGUCUGAUGGAUACCGAAGAAGUUACAGUUCAGCAACAAACAGUGGCAGAGCAACAGCAGCAGCAACAAUUACAAAAUCAACAGCAGCAACAACAACACCAAGUGGAUGAGGCAAUGUAUGAAAACAACAAUAACAACAUAUACAACUUUAAUAACAAUAACAACAAUGUUGAGAAAUAUGAACAAAGCAUUUUACAUCUGCAAUUACAACAUCAGCAACAACAACAACAACAACAAUCUCAAAUGCCAACACAGCAACCUCCCACACUACAACAACAACAAACACAACAGCAACAGCCACCAACACAAGAGCAGCAGCAGCAGCCGCAGCAACCUCAUCAAUAUCACCACCAUCAUCAUCAGCAACAACACUAUCAAGGUCACUUGCAUCGUGCUAAUCGAGACACGGCAUGAUCAUUAUUACCCAAAAAUUAUGCCAACAAGAAAAACAACAACAACACGACCAUUACAUUGAUAGAUUUAUUUAUUCUCAAAACCGAAAACUUUCCAAGAACACAACAGACCAUAGAAGCAUUACCCCGAAUAA